AUGUCUGAACCCAUCGGCAACGACGUGGCGCAAUCACCCCUGGACAUUUUAGAGAAAGGGGUGGUCAGCACAUCAAGUGGCACGAAAGGGUUGUCUGCGGAGUUUGGAGAAGUCAAAGACCUUAAGCAGGGACUUCACCAGCGGCAUGUGCAGAUGAUUGCUCUUGCCGGGACCUUGGGAACAGGCCUCUUUCUUUCGUCAGGACAAUCAAUUGCCCACGGAGGUCCUCUGGGAGCCUUACUCGGCUAUUCCAUCAUCGGUACCGCAGCCAUCAGUGUCGUCCUGGCUGGAGCCGAGAUGAGCGCUCUUGUACCUCUGAAUGGCGGUAUCAUUCGUUUUGCGGAGCACUUCGUCGAUCCAGCCCUCUGUUUCGCUAUCGGGUGGAAUGAAGUAUAUGCGCACAUCGUUUCUGUUCCCUCGGAGCUCUCGGCUCUCGCUGUGCUUGUGAAAUUCUGGACAGAUGUUAACAGCGCUGUCUGGAUCACCGUAUUCGGAGCACUAAUGCUUGCGACAACGUUAGUCUUCAUCCGUAUCUAUGGAGAACUUGAGUAUGGCUUUUCUAUACUCAAAAUUGCUCUUGUCAUUGGUGUCAAUCUCAUGGAAUUGAGAACAUCACGCUCACCGCUGGCGAGACCCGAUCUCCACGAACAUCCAUCCCUAUUGCGGCCAAGAGGGUAUUUUGGAAGAUUCUCAUUUUCUACGGCACGUCUUCCUUCGCGUCUCCUCAUCACCGUUUUCUUCGUUGGCCUCAUUGUUCCAUCCGAUGAUUCUGAUCUUUUGCUUGGAAGUGGCAACGCAUCCGAAUCACCGUUUGUCAUCGCCGCCAAACGAGCUGGCAUCCCUGCCAUUCCCUCCAUAGUCAACGCCGUGGUGCUUACUUCGGCAUGGUCGGCGGGUAACUCAAGUUUGCUCUGGGGUUCUCGCAUUCUUUACGCUAUGGCACUCGAGGGACGCGCUCCGCAGCUGUUUACCAGGAUAAACCGCUUCGGUAUUCCCUAUCUGUCCGUGCUCUUUUACGGCAUGUUUAUGGCACUGGGGUAUAUGUCUCUCUCGAGCACAGCCGAAACCGUCUUCUCGUGGCUUAAAACUCUGGUGUCGAUAUCCACCUUGGUCAAUUGGAUGGUUAUCACCAUCACGUAUCUGCGGUUCUACUAUGGUUGUCGCAAGCAGGGGAUUGACCGACGGCGGCUCCCAUGGACUGCACCUUUUCAACCCUAUAUGUCCUGGUGGUCUAUCGGCUUGUUCGUUAUUCUACUCUUGACUGGCGGAUUCUCUACAUUUAUUCAUGGGCACUGGGACAAUCAGACUUUUGUGUCUACUUACCUCAACAUUCCCCUGUUCUUCAUCCUGUACUUUGGUUAUAAGCUCAUCAGGCAAUCGAAAGUUAUUUCGUUGGAGAAGAUUCCAAUCGAGCAUUUUCUGACCAUUGCGGAAGAAGAGGAAAAGGAGCCCGAGAGCGAGGGGAGCAAGUGGAAAUGGUGGACUUUUCUUUGGAAAUGA